CUCCUGCGCAAUUCGAUGGGCUCCUUCGGAUUCGCCGCGCUUGCGGCGCUCCUCCUCGCUUUCGCCCUGCUUCCUCGCCCCGAGGCGGCUAGGGUUUUGCAGGGCGAGAAGCCCCGCUCCAGCGAGGGAGCCCCUGCACCUACCGCUGGCACGGCUGGAUCUGAGAAGAGUCCCAUUUCGAAGGAAUCGGGGAAGUCGUCAGCUGCAGUGCAGAAUCCUGUGGCCGACAAACAGCACCAGAAAACACCGCCAGAGAAAGCAACGCAAACACAAACACCGCCACCACCAGAAACCACACAAACACCAAAGGAUUCUCCACCGCCACCGUCAGCUGCGCCAGAGGAUAAGGGGCAGCAAGGGGGUGAAGCGCAGGUCUCUGGACAGCCGGUGCCAUCGACGAAAGUGCCCAAGGCGAGCCCCCCUCCAGGAGGUCCUGAAUCGACCGGCGCGCCGGGUGGUGAAGGAGGAAGUCCUGGGAAGAAGAAGCCGGGUGAACCAGAAGAGGUGCUGGAGAAGUGUAUUGAUCCAGUAGACACAUGUUUGAUUGAUGGGAAAUUGUCUGCUUGCCUUCAGAUAUCUAAGACUGCUUCAAGUGGACAAUUUUUUUUACUCAAGAAUACAGGGCAGAAUACCAUAACUGUUAAUGUCAAAGCAACAUCAGAUAUAAGUAUCAAGCAGAAGUUGCCACCUCUCAGUCUCAGCAAGGGUGAAUCUAAAAGGGUUAACAUUAGCUAUAGCAAUCUGAAUGGUGGAGAGAUUACACUAAAUAUUGGCACAGAGCCUUGUUCCUUGCACAUCGGGCAGCCAGUUUAUGAUUGGCAACAGCAAUUCCAGCAGCUUGCAGUUUAUGCAACAACAAUGAAGCCGAUCUAUGGAGCCUACUUCUUUGUUUUCACUGUUGUCUUGGUUGGGGGUGUAUAUGCUUGUUGCAAGUUCGCAGGGAGAAAGCGUGAUGAAGGAGUCCCAUAUCAGCAGCUUGAGAUGGGAUCUCAGGCUCCUGACCCAUCAGGUGCAAACAACACUACAAGCACAGUAGAUGGCUGGGACGAGGGCUGGGACGAUGACUGGGAUGAUGAAGAAGCACCUGCAAGACCUUCAGAUAAUGCACCUGCUGGAAGCAUCUCAGCAAAUGGCCUUUCUUCAAGAUCUCAAACCAAGAGCAAGGACGGUUGGGAUGUAGAUUGGGAUGACUAAGCUACAACAGAAUGUUGAAAAUUUAUCCUUGUGAAAUAUGAGAAGAUAAGUCCAUCUCAAUGAGUUGAGGCAAAAUACAAGAGCCAACUUAACCUGAAACUUCGAGGAUGCGUCCUUGACAAGGUGAGCCUUAUCCUGGAAAACCAUAGGCUUGUUUGUAUUCGUACGGUUUGCACAAAUUAAUGUUCCAGGUACUACUUUUGUUCUGAGCUGAUACACAAACUAGUGGUACAAGUUGUACUUUUUUGGCUGUAAUAUCAUAGCAUUAGUUACAUCACCACACACACUUCCGCUAUUCUUUUGGAGAGGUAUAUCAUUCUUUUUCUCAUGAUAGUUUUCAUGCUGAAUACUA